AAGCAGAGGGUGUUGCAAUAUCUGAUUGCAAUUUCCCAAAAUACUGGAAGUAAAUCAAACCAAAUAGAACCAGCUCGGACAGUGAUCAACUUUAAUUUUAGGCUGUUCCAAACAUGCGGUGGUCUAUGACUGGUUUAAGGCUUUUUGGACACAAAAGCGUUUACUCCUCUGGUUACAAAAUUGUACGGAACGUCAACACUUGUUACAUGAAUAUUUAUAAGGUAAGCAACGCUCACUGCUAGCUAGCCGUAUGUUUGGCCAGGAUUGCCAAAAUGCAAAAUAGGUGAGCGCACGUGGGUACGGUGUCAAGACAUGAACUUUGACACAUCGCAGGAUCUCGCGCGAAGUCGCUGCAGCCACGUUGAUACGGCCAAAAAUAAUCUGUGACAUAUCGACAGACGGAAACGUGCAGUGUAUGGGCAGAGAUCCAUUUUCAUUUCCUAUUCGUACAAACUCGCAAAUUACUUGUAUUAUUCAAACAAACGAUAAGUUAGCGAUGUUGCUAAAUACUGAACUACGUUAAAUAUGUGGAUCCUACUAGCAUCCAGCAUCCUUAUCUGUCCUGUCGUGAACGCUGUAAACGUUGAUCUGCUGCGGUGGCCCAAUACUAGAACGGACCCCGGCGUGACUGUUGGGCAUCAUGUUAAGGAACGCGGGGUAAGCUUCAGCAUGCCGCCGGACAUGCCAGGUAACAACAGCCAUGGUCAGACCAACAUUACAGAAUAUACCGAGGAACAUUGCAGUCAAGGUUCCCUCACGGAUGGAUUUGGGAUGAUCAUCCAAGGCAUUCUGGCUGUAUUAGCUUUCAGCAGUUUGAUAUUGAAACGACUUAGAGAACCCAAAGAGGACCGGAGAUCAUGGACGAUCUGGUUUUACGACACUUCCAAGCAGGCGUUGGGUGCCGGGGUCAUUCACAUAGCCAAUGUGCUCCUGUCGGCAGAACUGUCCCCUGAGGAUCCCUGCAAAUGGUAUAUUGUGUACUUCCUGCUAGACUCCACCUUCGGCCUUUUCGUCAUCUACAUCAGUGUGAAGAUAUCACAGUGCAUAACUAAACUCUGUAACUGCAAGACGCUGUACUUUGGCGAGUACGGCGACCCGCCAGCGUGUGAAGCGUGGGUCGGUCAGUGCGGACUUUUUGUCCUCAUAGUGGUUUUAGAGAAGGUAGCCAUCACUUUCUUCGCAAGGCUGACCUUCUGGUCUGAGGUUGCCAAAACGCUUCUAUCACCUAUACACAACCCCAAGGUGGAAGUAGUUAUUGUUAUGCUGUUGGUUCCGUUUAUUCUUAAUGCAAUUAUGUUCUGGGUCGUGGAUAAUUUUCUCAUGCGGAAGCGGAGGAAGGUGAAGGCAGACGUUGACAACGGCAAAGUGCGUUACUUCAAGUUGAAGCCCAAAGUAAAGAAUGACAGCCUUGGGCCCGAGUUAGAGGUGCUUCUUUCACAGGAAGAAGAGAACGAAACUGUUGUAUUGACGCCAAGAGGAACUGACGAGACUUGCAAUGGUAGAAAUACCACGCGGUUGUAGUAUUGAAUUAAAAGGGUUGAAAAACGUUAAAUUUUAAUCAAACUGUCACGCAUUACUAUGAGUCAAUUUUGACUACAUCUGUCUUGAAAUCAUAUUUUGGACAAAAAGCUGUAUUAUGUUUCAUGUUUGUUAGUCAAACAUAAAGGGACAUUCUGUUUAUCUUCAGUGGUGUCCGGCUUUGAUGAUACCAAACCAACUCGGUAAAAAUGGUGAUCAAAAAGCACUUUACAACAAUGCUGCACAAAAGCAGAGCCGUCGCCAAGACCAUCCCCGGACUAGACCCAAGGCCAGUCAUAAGAAACCGGAUGAACCACGGCAAAAGAAUGCUUUUGUUGCGGUUCAUGUGAAGCGCUUGCGACUUGGAUUCAGACCGGAGGUCUUGUUGGAUCUCAUUAUGGUCUGAAGGCAAAAAAAAAAGGGUCUUCACUACAACACCAAAAAGAUGCGUGACUGUUUAUUCAUGUCUUCUUGCACUUGACAGUUUACCUCUAGUGUUUCCUCUGCGUGGGGGGGGGAGUGAAUCCGACAAGCUAUUCAGACCACAGCUUGUCUGUUGCUUUGAUCUGCAUUGACUUUUAUGGUGUCAUGAGCACUAAUAAGAUGCAGAUAUUUGUAUAUUUGCUUAAUAUUUUAAUACUGUAAGUACCAAAGGAAUGUUUAUAUUUUGUACAGAGACCAGAUAAUAUUUACUUCUGGAAGAAGCACUUGACACAGGAAACACCUCAGCUAAAAAAGCUUGCAAAUAGAAUUAAUUUAACCUGUGAAAAGAAUUGAACCACGCAGUGAUUCAGAAUGAACAAUAUUUCUGACAACACACCAAAGAUCGUAUAGCGCCAAAGGCGCAAGAUGGAUAAGUCUGCCCAAAAGGUGUAAUUACCAUGGGCGCCAUUUGAGCAAGGGAUACGCCUGCGCAGUUUAUGGUAAUGCCGCUGCACCUGUGCCUUAAUGUGCAUUGCGCAGGCAUAUCGUUUGCUCAAAUGGCGCCCAUGCGAUUACGUUUUACGUGUAUUUAUGGUGAAGUUCGCCAUCUUGCACCGCUUUGUGGCGCUAUGAGAUCUUUGCAACACACUGCCAAUAAUCUGCAUGUAUGGAUGGAAAAAAAAUGGUAUACACAAUUUCAUCCAGGGUUUUUAUUGGAACAUUUGCAUAAUAUGAACAACCCGCCAAUAUACAUGGAAUGGUGCAUAUGUGACAUAGAAUUAAGUAGUCUUAAAAGUGUAUGUGUGUAUAUAUAACCCUAACAGUCCUCAGUCCUCCAACAGGUGAAGGAUUGAGGAGGGUUAGGGUUAAUAAUGCAUGACAUGUUGUAGAGUUUUGCAACUUUUGUAAUCUGCCAUUAGUCGUAGGGUUGCUAUUUAUGUGUAUAAGAUCGCUAGUUUUAACAUUCACUGCAUAAUUUAUGUAUCAGGUGAAAUAGUUUGAUAAUUACACAGAGGAAAAACAGCAUUAAUUUCAGGGCCGAGUCCAGUGACUCCAUGCAAUUCUUAAACACGUUUUGUUUUUAAUUACUGAAGGUGCUGGAGGAAAUGAAUGACCAAAUGGGCUCGAGGAAACUGAGAAGCGAGCUUAUUUGUAGAACUGAAGAAACUUGGUAUUUGAACACCAUCAGCGAGAUGAAUGCAGAUGGUAUUGAAUGAACUCAGCAGUACUCUGUUUGUAAAUGAACUAUUGGCAGGACUUUUUUCUGUCUCGGUUUUAGUAUAUUGGUUUGGACUGUCGGUGAGUCGGACGUGCAAUAUAAUUUUUCAACAGUUUGUUUUUUCCCCAAGCAAAGUGGGAUUUUGAGUUUGGCUGGGAAACAUCUGCAGGUUAAUGCUUUUCUGUGUGCAUGGGGGUAAGAUGAUUUUCCUCUAAUGUAAUUUAAACACGGCUGUCAAUAUUGUUCACCCUGUCCUCGAGGGUGUAAAAAAACAAUCAAUUUGGAGAAUGGAGGACUGUUGGUGUUAACUGAGAGAGAUUUAUUCUUUCACCUUUUUCACAAUGUGCCUUCUUUUAUGUAAACAAAGGCACUCUACACAGACCGAAACUGUGAUUUUUUAUAAUAGGCUUAUCUGAGAAAAAGAGUAACAUUUGGCUAGAAACCUGUAGGUUCAACAUGACAGACAGAUUAUCUUAUAGUAAACCAGAAGAGAAAUGUUUUGCUUGAAUGUGAGCUUCCAAGAAGAUACGCGAUACAAGUCCCGGAUCUACAGUUUCAAUCUGGAAUAUGAAUCAUCAAUCAAAAUGUGCGAAGUGGUUGAAGCAAACAGGUGGUUACAUCAUUAUCCGAUACCAUCAAUGUACGUUAUGGAGGGAUAUACGUUGUGCAGUAACACCAUUUGGAACUUUCAAAAUGAAAAUGUGCUUUGUAAUCAAAUCUUUUACUUAUUCGUCAGAGCCCACUCUCUUCUCUGAUUUUUCACUUCAUUCAAGACAUUUGAAGUCGACUCCAGCCUUGCAUGUUCUGUCCAGAAACCCUUUUAAAUGUCGCGCUGUUGUGAAAAAGAAUACAUAAAUUUCAGGGGUGAGCUUUGUCUGGAUUUUUUCUGAUUUUCAGGAUUUUUUUUCCUCAGGAUUUUCCUAAAUUUUAGGAUUUUUCAAACAAUGUCUUUUAAAAUCUGGAAAAUCUUGGUGUACCGUUACGGUGUUUUUACAUAUAAAAUUGAUUACAGAUUUUGCGUUGACCCAAAUAACAUCUCCCCGAUGCAAGAACAUCUUGAAAUAUAAAAGUUGACAUAGACCACAAGAAAUGGGUAUUUUAAAGGAAGCCUUUUAAUAGGCAAACACCAACCUAUCCCAUACAAAGACCCUCUACUGCUGUGGGACUCUCAAACCCUCUGGUAAUUAGUUUGUGGAUAUUUCAUUUUCCACCAAUCUCACCCCUGAAAUUUUGUGGUGAUAUACAUGACGCUGCCUGAUUCAGUCAGUAAUCAUAUGAACUGAUUCAGGAGUUAAAUCCUAAAUUUUUCACGGAUCAUUUCUCAGUGGGGUGUUAUUUAGAGGCGUUAUGUAAUAGAAGUAAUGUAAAAAUGACUUUGUUGUAAUACUUUUAUACUGGAUGGAUGUUGAAUUGUGAAGAAAUCCUGGCGUUCAGGUAUCACCAAAUUAAAUUUAUGGUUUUAACGAAAGAA